CCAAAAAUUAAUAAUGAGACGAGGACGCAGACAUAAAAUGAGAUCACAAACCCACCACCCUUCCCUUUCCCCGUCCGCCAAGGCGCCAACGCAUUCCCACGUCCCCUCCCUCCCUUUAAUGGAAACAUCAGCCCGCGGCAUCGCCGCCACCGCCGGCCUAAGCCACGCCGACUAUGUCGAAUCCUCCCUACGCUCCCGCGCCGGCAAAUCCUGGGAGGAACCAUCUUUGCCCCCUCCCGCUACCGCCGCCUCCUGCCUCCGCUUGAUGUGCAGCUACGGUGGCCGCAUCGUCCCCCGCCCGAGCGAUAAGACCCUAUGUUACGUCUGCGGAGAGACCCGCAUGGUGGUCGUGGACCGCCAGUCUUCUCUCUCAGAGCUUUCCGCCAAGCUAUCCCAGAACCUUCUCAGCGGCCGCUCCUUCUCCCUCAAGUACCAGCUCCCCAACGAGGACCUCGACUCGCUCAUCUCGGUCACUACGGACGAGGAUCUCGACAACAUGGCGGAGGAGUACGAUCGAAUCGUGGCCGCUACCUCCUCUGGCGCUGGGGGCGGUGCCACCGGCUCCUCCCGCCUCCGGCUGUUCCUCUUUCCAUCCAAGACAGAGAUGUCGCCUGCGUCCUCGAUUGGGUCUCUCCUGGAUGACUCCAAGUCGGAGACUUGGUUCGUUGACGCGCUCAAUAGCGCCAUGGGUGGAAUGGGAAUCGACGGACUCCCUCGCGGCCUGUCCUCCGACUCCGCCUCCAUCAAUUGCCUCCUCGGCCUCGAGGACGACUCCUCCCUGCACUCCCCAAGUGGCGCUACAGUCCCCAGCUGUGGCGGACAGGACCACAUAGAUCGGCCUGAACCGCUCGUGAUCCCGCGCCAGAAAUCUUCCAGCAAGCUGGCCCGACAAACCCAGGACGUUCGCUCCAUCCCUGACACGGCGAUGCUCGAUACGACUUCCUCCUUCGGAUCUGCUUCUUCCUCUCCUUCUCUCUCCAAUCUCCCGUCCAUCCACACCUGCCCUGACGACCGUCCUUCCGAUCUGCGGAUCGCCGGCUUCGAGGACAGUUUAUCCCAAACGUUUCAUUUGGCAGCUACCGCUGGACAGGACGACUGUAAGGAGCCAGCAUAUGCUCACUAUCUCCAACCCCCACCAUGGGUCCCCCUUUCCGCAUCUUCCGCCGCCACCAUGACCAUCUCCCCCACCGAAAACCCUCGCAGAAAUUUCUCCUCCGAUGAUGAAAAACACGAUCCGGGUGUGAUCUCUAACCUCCCUCAGCAACCAACAAAACCAAGUCCGUACGAAGCUCCCAUCCCUGUUCCCGGUUCAAGGUUGCUAUAUUCGAAUGCCACCGCCGAUCAAAACCGUGAGCUGCCUGUUUCCUCGGAUCCGAGCUAUCAAGUUCCGAUUCUGGUAAAUGGUGUCGCCGGUUACCAAUUGCCCCAAGUGCAACCAGAGCAAUUCCAGCAGUCACAGCUCCAUCCGCAAUUCCAUCAACAGCAUCCACAGUACAGCUCAGCGAAUCCCCAUUUCAUACCCCACCCUGCCGCCAGCAACGUCAUUCCCGCUUCAUCUUACUACCCGAUCGCCUCCCACGCAAUCCAGCAAUCUGUCCAAACCCACACAUACGACCCCCAGAUUCCCAUGUACUACUACCCCGUCCGGUCACCUGCGACCUACAAUCUGGUGGAUUCCAGUUCAAUGCCUCCCCCAGCAAAACAUGCUGUGUCGGUCCCUCGAGUCGCCGUGAAGCCGGAACUGGCCGCAACUUUGUAUAGGGCCGCUGCGGCGUCCCCUGCAACUGGCGCAUCACAAACACCACUAAUUCACAUGGCGGCCGAUCAAACCCACCCGUUUGCCGGAGUUGGGUACCAUGUGGUUCAGCAUCCCAAUCUUUCCCAGUCGUUUGCAACGAUGAUUAAUUAUGGCUAUGAAUUCGGCGGUGGCGAUCGUGCCCGCCCACAGAUGUAUUACUCUCAGGCGACUACAGCCCCGGCAUUAUCUCCUCAGUGUCAGUCGGCGAUCUCUUCUGGGGCACUUGCUGAUGCCAAGGGAAACAGAGCAUCAUGAGUCUAGUUACUUCCAAUUAUGUGAUCAUAUGUUCUGUUCAGUGUUCUUAGUUAUUCCGGAGAAGUGAGAACUAUCCACUGUAUUUAGUGAAUCAAGCGUGCGCCUGUUCUUAUAGUAACAAGUAAAGUGGGUGUUAGGCAGAGUCCCCGGUGUUGAGUCAUUGAGUCCAUAAAAGCUUUGUGUAGAUCAAAAACUUGUGUUGUUCUGGUACUUCAUCUGUCAAUAAACUUACAUAGAUUUGAAUGCAGUUGAAGUCUCUAUUCAGAGAUCGUGGCCUUGUUAAAA